CGGCCGCAGCCGCACCAUGAAGCGGCAGAACGUGCGGACCUUGGCCCUCAUCAUCUGCACCUUCACCUACCUGCUGGUGGGCGCCGCCGUCUUCGACGCGCUGGAGUCGGAGCAGGAGACCUCGGAGCGGCGGCGGCUGGAGGAGAAGCAGCUGGAGCUGAAGAGCAAAUACAACCUGAGCAGCGCCGGCUACAAGGAGCUGGAGUGGGUGGUGCUCAAGCUGAAGCCCCACAAGGCCGGCGUGCAGUGGAAAUUCGCCGGCUCCUUCUACUUCGCCAUCACCGUCAUCACCACCAUCGGGUACGGCCAUGCGGCCCCAAGCACGGAUGGUGGGAAAGUCUUCUGCAUGUUCUACGCUGUGUUGGGGAUCCCACUCACACUCGUCAUGUUCCAGAGCCUGGGUGAGAGGAUCAACACCUUUGUCAAAUACCUUCUGCACCGCAUCAAGAAGUGCCUUGGCAUGAGACGGGCAGAGGUGUCCAUGGCCAACAUGGUCAUCAUUGGGUUCUUCUCCUGCAUCAGCACCCUAUGCAUUGGGGCCGCGGCAUUUUCUUACUACGAGCACUGGAGCUUCUUCCACGCCUACUACUACUGUUUCAUUACCCUCACCACCAUCGGCUUUGGGGACUACGUGGCGCUCCAGAAGGAUGAGGCGCUGCAGACCAAACCCGAGUAUGUGGCCUUCAGCUUCGUCUACAUCCUGACAGGGCUGACCGUCAUUGGGGCCUUCCUCAACCUGGUGGUGCUGCGCUUCAUGACCAUGAAUGCUGAGGACGAGAAGCGGGAUGCUGAGCACCGAGCGCUGCUCACCCACAACGGACAGGCCAGCAGCGUGCACACUACGGACACCACCUCGUCUACCACCGCGGUGGGCGGGUGCGGCGGGGGAGGGGGCGGGGGCGGAUUCCGCAGCGUCUACGCGGAGGUGCUCCACUUCCAGUCCAUGUGCUCGUGUCUGUGGUACAAGAGCCGGGAGAAGCUGCAGUACUCCAUCCCUAUGAUCAUCCCCAGGGACCUGUCCACCUCGGACACGUGUGUGGAGCAGAGUCACUCCUCGCCUAGCCGCUACCCCGACACCCCAUCCAACAGAUGCUUCUGCAACGCCCAGCGCUCGGCCAUCAGCUCCGUCUCCACGGGACUCCACAGCCUCUCGGCCUUGCAGGGCUUCAUGAAGCGCCGCAGCUCUGUGUAACUUCCCCCACCAAUGCACACACAACACUGAGGACCCUUCUUUUUUUAAUAUAGAGAGGAAACUUAUGGAGACCAGCAAAACCAGAUGAAGAAAAACCUUCAGAUUUUAUUCACAUUCAACAGACAAAUACCAAAAGGGACAGCCCGAUAGACUGGGAGUAUGUUGGAUGCACAAAUGUACGUGCAGCCGAGUAUGUCUGUGCAUGGGUAUAUGGACAUAUAUAGAGAGAGAGAGAUACAUGUGUGUAAGCUGGUAAGCUGUCUCUAAUGCUCCUUUCACUGAGAAACUCUUUUGCAUCAUUUUGCAACAACUCCAUGAAAUGUGAAACUUGAAGUGAAUACACAGAUAGCUUUUUCAACAGCCGGCGGAGAGGUGAGCACCUGAAUGGCUCUGGCGCAGGCAGAGCCUUCUCCGUUUGCAUCUCUCUAUUUAUACCUCUCUGGACUGACAGGUGGACCUAGUGUCCUCUUAGCACAUCGCCCUGCCCACACCCUGCCCUAGAUAAAUACAUGGGCUGUGCACCCCGCUGUGCUUGUAACCUCCCCCCUUCACUGUCCUGGUAAGCCAGACGCGCCGGGACGUCAGACACGUUGGGAUUAGCUUUGCAGCUGCAAUGGAGGUUAAGAGGAGCUUGUAAGAGUGUGGACGUGCGUGUGUGUUUGUGCACACUCCCAACUUUGUACCUUCCGUGCAGGUCGGUCAGUUACACACACAAAAGAUUCCCAGCCGAAGAAGCAAGCAGAACUCAAGAUAUGUCCUCGGGGGCCUUGGACAGGGGUCUUCUUCGCGUUUCCAUCGCCUCCUCCCCAGGAUCUUCGCCGUGUUUCUCUAAAAGAUGCACUUCCAGUUUCCUAGCAUUGGCCGCCUACCGGCUCACACUGUAAUGUCUGCCGCUUCACAUCACGCCAUGACGUUGGCGCUUGGCUGCAUCGUCGUUACAUGUCAUGACGUCAAUGGCGUUGUGACGUGACACCCAACAUAGUCCUUCUGUAAUCCCAUGGGCUGGUCUCAAAUCCCACGGGACGCAGGACUCUGCUGCAACCUGCGGGGAGGUCUGGCAACAUCCAUCUGCGCCGGGGACGAGUCCCUGCUCUUAGGCCAGCUGGAAAGGAUUGUAUGUUUUCUACUGGUGGAUCAAAGUCAGAGGUGAUAGAAACACUGGUACCAUUGACACAUUGAUAAGGCCGAGUGGGUUGUAACUUACAUGCCAUAGGGGGAGACUUAGUUGAUUCGAUGUUUCCAACUAGAAUGGCUGUUUUUCUGGCUGCCACCCUUCCACCCUAUCCCGGGUAAGUCACAUCAACUCACUCCCACUUCUUGAUGGUUCCCACCUCUGACUUUCGGAUCUAAGAGCAUUAGUAGCCAAGGCCCAUCUGCUCAUUCUUUCUCCAACAUUGUUCCUGCCCCUCGACAUCAUUUGCUAACAUCAAUUCAGAAAAAAAAAAGGGGGGGGGGAUUCCAGGGCAGCAAAGCAUCCUGGUUAAAAGUCGCAGCUGCAUCACCAAGCAAAUCAGGCUAAGAGGGUCUUAGGCAGAAGCUUUUUAGAUUCCUAUGCACGUGAUCCUGCCACCGCGUCUGAGACAACAAGCUGGGUGUCACGUAGGCAGCUCUCCGAUCCAGGCAGGGCUGGGAUGGAAAUCAGAUCUGGGCCAGGAGGGCUCCUUUUUUAACUGUUUCUUAUUCAUCAAACCACGGGUUUGUGGCUUCAUCUAGAUCACAGCUGAGAGGAGGUUGAAAGCUGCAACAGCUCCUUGAAGAUGAGGAGAUAGGUACCUCCUCUUGCAUUUGGGUCAGCACCCCCUAAACCAAACCAGUGCAUCCAUCCAUGUCAGGAAAGCUUAGAGACUCCCUAGCCAGUGCAAGACUAGCCUGGGAAAUAAAAGCCACUGACCCCGUCUGUUUAUUAUUUAAUAUAAACCUGUUGUGUUCUGAACAAGGGUGUGUCUGCUCUGUCGCUGACCGUGUCUGAGUCUCUUCCAUGGUAAGCAAUAAUGAAAUGGGAGUGGGUGUUGUGGACAAGUUUCUGUAUCUAGCCAUUUAC